UCCAGACAAAGGCUUUGAAAGAACUUGUCAAGAUUCAGCCGAAACACUUCAGGAGGAGGAAAGAUUCCCUGCUGAUCAACAAAGAUGACAUGAAUGGCACUGAUCCAUUUCAGAGGCUACGGCUGAUGUCAGAGGAAAUGGGGUUCGCCGCAAAAGUUCUAGGUAUCCUGGAAAAGAGUUCUAUCGCCGAAGACAACACGGAGAUAAAAAUGGACCUGGGCAAACUUGUCGAGUCGCUACAGAAGAGGAAAAAGUCCCUCGGAAAGCACCUGGAUAACAUCCAGGACGUCAUGGAGAAAACAACUGCGGAGUGUUUCUCCUUCGUGCCUUCCCUGGGCGAGGACAAGUUUGUUGACGUCCAAAUUCGCUACAAGAAGAAGAUGAAGAAGGUCAUCAGGAAACUGAAACGAAGCGUGAAAAGGCCUUUUGAGAAGCUUGGAGGCAAAGGUCGCAAGAGAAAAUUCGGCGUCUUGCACAUGGUACUUUUGGAUGACGUCACCAAGCUGGUGCACGGAUCACGUGGCUUUGACGUCACAUCGACUCUGGAGACGUUCAGAAUCACCGCACGAGAAACCAGCGAGUGUUACGGGAAAAGCACCCCCUGUCCCAAGUAGUAGACAUGUUCAAAUGUCCAGAAACCCAAACAGUAAAAUUUACAAUUCUGUGUCCUUGUCGCAUGUACAAAUCAAUAACACAGUCUGCACAUAGUAUAUUGGGUGGGAAACCCACAGAGGCCCGA